CAGACUCGGAAAAAAUGAUUAGUGAAUCAAUAAUUCGAGAAAACAUGGGCUGUUCUCGCUUUUUCUCAUGGUUCCUGAUCCUGUCUGUAAUCCUUGAAGGUGUGACCCUGGAAGUUCAAGGCCUCGCAUGCAACUGGGGGUCGCGCGCUUCGCAUCCGCUUCCUCCAAAAAUAGCAGUUCAGCUACUGAAGGACAACGGAUUCAACAAAGUGAAGCUCUUUGAGGCUGAUCCAGAGCCCCUCAAGGCACUCGGGCAUUCUGGGAUCCAAGUGAUGGUCGGGAUACCGAACGACCUCCUCCUAAUGCUCUCGAGCAGCGUCCAAGCCGCCAUCAACUGGGUGUCGCAGAAUGUGUCCACUUUCAUUUCCACACAUGGGGUCGACAUAAGGUAUGUGGCUGUUGGUAAUGAGCCAUUCCUGAAGGCCUACAAACACACGUUCGUCAAUACUACAUUUCCAGCUCUUCAAAAUAUCCAAGCAGCUCUUAUCAAAGCUGGCCUCGGCCAACAAGUCAAGGCGACGAUCCCGCUCAAUGGUGAUGUCUACCAGACGGAGAGCGGCCUCCCCUCGGGGGGCGAUUUCCGGGCCGACAUCCGCGACCUCAUGAUCUCCAUCACUAAGUUCCUGAGCAACAACGGCGCCCCUCUCACUGUCAACAUUUACCCCUUCCUUAGCCUUGACGCGGACCCCAAUUUCCCUGUCGAUUAUGCCUUCUUUGAUGGUGCUGCUUCCCCUGUGGUGGAUGGCUCAAUCACGUAUACGAAUGUCCUAGACGCCAAUUUUGACACCCUCAUUUUUGCCCUUGAGAAGAAUGGUUUCGGAUCGAUGCCUGUGAUCAUUGGAGAGGUCGGGUGGCCCUCGGAUGGCACCCCGAGUGCAAACAUCCAAAAUGCUCGCCGGUUCAACCAGGGCCUCCUGAACCGCAUAUUCAGCGGCAAGGGCACCCCGAAGCGCCCGUCUCAGCCCGAUAUUUACCUCUUCGCCCUUAUAGAUGAGGACAUCAAGAGCGUCGACCCAGGGAAUUUCGAGCGGCACUGGGGGAUAUUCUACUAUGACGGGACCAUCAAGUACCCAUUGGACAUGGGCAAUGGAAAGAGUUUAGUCCCUGCGAAAGGCGUCAAGUACUUGUCCAGGAACUGGUGUGUGAUGUCGCCCCAGGUGAGCCUUUUAGAUCCGAAUGUGCCGGGAGGGAUAAGUUAUGCUUGUUCUUACGCGGAUUGCACUAGCCUUGGCUACGGAUCGAGUUGCGGUAAUCUUGACGCUAGGAGCAAUGCUUCAUAUGCAUUCAACAUGUACUACCAGACCAUGGAUCAGAGGCAAGGCGCGUGCUCGUUCAACAAUUUGACGGUCCUCACUGUGAUCGAUCCCUCACGAGACGGUUGCAGGUUCGAGAUUAUGAUUGAUACCGGAACGCACGAGAAGACCCCAUCGGCGAGAAACUCAAGCAGAGGAAAGCAUGUGCCAUCACUUUUGGUUCUUCUGCAUGUUUUAGCACUAAUCUUUUGUUGUAUGUACUGGGAUUUGGCAUCCGGGUCAUUGUUUUGAGCAAUGAUCAGUCGAGGAAACUCGAAGUCCUUGUCGUCUAAUGGACGUGAUUAGGUCUCAUAAACAUCAGCGGUGGAUUCUAGCCCGAAUGGCGUGGAAA